AUGUUGCAGACGUCGCUCCGAACCUCGUGGUCAUUAAUCGGCGCCCACGCCCACGAAACCUGGGCUGUUAUUCCUCAUCGUCGAGCAGUCAUCACGAGGGGAUAUUUCGCAGGCGAGAAGAAGCCCUCAGCAGAUAAGCUCAAUCCCUCCAUUGACACCCUCGGGAGCAAGGGUAGCCCUAUCCAUCGUACCCAAUCUGCUGCUGCGACCCCGAAUAGCCAAGCCACCCCCGACGCCGCAGCGAAUACCCCUGGCCUCACGCCAACUCUGCUGGGCAAGCUGAAAAGGGGGAUCCACCGACGCCUCGGUAACUUUGGCCUCGCCCUCACUAUCCUCGGCACCCUCGGCUUUGGUAGCGGCAUCUGGUACUCCUGUGUCAACGACAAAUUUUAUAACCUCUUCAUCGAGCACAUCCCCUUCGGCAAGAGGGCCAUGCCCUACCUGCUCGACUUCCGCAAGGGACCCCCCAACAACAUUGACCGCAUGCCUGAGGCUAGCGUCACAGGUGUGACUGUCCACACCACCAGCGGCGACUCGGGAAAGGUCGCUGAUGCCGGGGAGCCUGCCAACCGGCAGUCCAGAGCCGUAAGCAAGGGGAAGACGAAGACUAAGGAGUAUGAUGCUAAGCUGAGUCAAACAAAGAACGGAGAAACCAAGCUGCAGAGCAUCAAUCCCGCCACGAAGCCGCUCAAGGUUGAGACAAAGGAGAGCGUCGUGGAGCUGAGGCUGAUGACGGGCGGGGAGGCUAGGCCACAGGGCGUCAAGUCUCCCGUAUCGAGCCCCCUCAAUGUAGAGGAUACGACCGAUACGCCCGCGAAGGUCGCGCCUCCCGCAGCCUACUCAGCGAAGCCCGUCGAGCCUGAACCCAAGCUCGGCCGAAAGCCUGCAGCGGAUAGCGAGUCGAAGGUGUCCGAGGUCAACUAG